CAUAUUGUAAUCUUGAAAAAAAUAACUAUGAAACACCAGUUAAUAAUUCUAUUUCAAGCAUUGAUGAAAUUUCUUUGACAAGUAAUGAAAAUGAAACAAUGGUUAAUUUUAAUUCUAUAAUUAAUGAUGCUUAUAUUGAUCUUCAAGUACAACGUAUUCUUGAUGAAUUAAAAGUUUUUCAUAAUCG